CUCGAAGGGGUUAAAUUUGAGAGCGGAGACAGAGCUAGGGUUUUCGGAGUUCAGAGAACCACAACAGCAGCAACAGGAGGAGCAAAGCGGCGACGCCAACAUCUCAUCGCAAUGGUUCUCAAAACUGAGCUAUGCCGCUUCAGCGGGCAAAAGAUUUACCCGGGCAGGGGCAUCAGAUUCAUCCGUGCUGAUUCUCAGGUUUUCCUCUUUGCAAACUCCAAAUGCAAGAGGUACUUCCACAACCGCCUGAAGCCUUCCAAGCUUACCUGGACAGCUGUGUUCAGGAAGCAGCACAAGAAGGAUAUCGCUGCUGAAUCUGUGAAGAAGAAGAGAAGGACCAACAAGAAGCCUUACUCAAGGUCCAUUGUUGGUGCUUCGUUGGAGGUCAUCCAGAAGAGGAGGGCUGAGAAGCCUGAAGUUCGAGAUGCCGCUCGUGAAGCUGCCAUUCGUGAGAUCAAGGAGAGGAUUAAGAAAACCAAGGACGAGAAGAAGGCUAAGAAGGCGGAAGUGACCAAGAGUCAGAAGUCCCAAGGCAGUAAGAUGCCGAGAGGUGCUGCACCUAAGGGUGGACCCAAGCUUGGUGGUGGUGGUGGAAAGCGAUGAAUAUGAUGUUCACAACAUUUUCCCCUGGUGACUUUUAUGUACUAGUUAGUAGAAACUACUUUGAGAUUUGUGUUUCUGUAUUUUCGAUGUGUUUCAUCAAACAUCAGUCUUCCUUUUUAAGGGAUUUUCCAUAUGAAUAUUGAGUUCAUUUCAACGAAAGGG